AUGGCACGUUUGUUAGACAUCAUAAGAUGUUCCCCUUACUUAUCCUAUAAUUUUGAUAAUGUCUUUCUUAUCUCUAACGGUUUCCAAGAAAUAUGAUAAACUUAUUAUCGAAAUCAUUCUGUAUAUUUGUCUACACACAAUUCCUUUUAUUUUUAUUAAUUUUAUUCUUAUCAUCAGCAUCAUUAUAACAAUUAUUUUAAAAUACUGGAUUUUCAAAACUAAUUGUACAUUAAUUAUUCAGCUUACGUCGCCAAUGCUGAAACAGCCUUUAUGUUGUAAACAGUUCUUAUCAAAGACUGAUAACUCUUCUUACUUCUCAUUAGGCCUCGUGUCUUUAAAGUAGUAUUCUUAGCGGUAUCGCACUGCAUUUCGACAACGAAUCCAGCACUAUCUACAAUAACACAAGUGACAUUUAAAAACAACCGCAAAGUAAGUAUCUACUAUUGUUUUUUUAUAACGACAUCCAUAUUCGGCUUGUCCGUCAAGGCGCUUGCGCGAGAAAGUGCUACUGCUGGUAAUGUUUGCUUUAAAGUCUCGAUAGAAGCGAAGUCUUCAAAUCACUUUGAGAUAGGAGUCACAAAGUGUCAAAAUCAUAGACAUUUAUGUAUAUAAAUGUCUAUGGUCAAAAUCCAUUACUAUUUAUAAAGAAUAUGUGAAACCACAUUAUCACUUUAACUUUACACGUAAUAAUAUCUAGGACAGAAAAAAGCAAGAAAGAAAGAAAGAAGAAUUGUGACAGUUACUUCACCUAAAGACUAUCAUGGAUUAUACAAAAUUUUUCGCUAAAAUCACCAGCCAGCGAAGAGAUAACUUAAUUAGACAUAUAACCAAACUCUACAUGUCGCAGCCAAACUCUAUAACUUUUGCUGCUGGUAUGCCAAAUGCCACUACAUAUCCCGUCAAUGAUAUUUCUGUGACGUAUAAAUAUAAUAUCCCAGUAAAACUUAGUAGACAAGAAGUAUCUUUAGCGUUACAAUAUGGACCUACGCAGGGUUACCAGCCGUUAGUAGAACAAUGGAUAAAGUUUCAAAAAACGUGGCAUACACCAAGACGAAAUGAUUGGGAUGUCGCGUUCACUUGCGGUUCCAUGGACGGUUGCAAUAAAAUUUUCGAAAUGAUGAUCAAUGAGAAUGACCCAGUUAUGAUUCAAGUGCCAACAUUUACGGGCAUAAUCGGAUCGUUAGCAGCGUUGUCGCCAGAAAUCAUAGAAAUUAAUCAAGAUGCUGAUGGAUUAAUUCCCGAUGAAAUCGCCAAAGAAUGCGAGCAAAGACUUAAGGAUGGCAGACCAAUGCCGAAACUUAUUUAUGUCAAUCCAACGGGAGCUAAUCCUACAGGCACCGUCUUGUUGGAGUCCCGACGAAGAAAAGUAUAUGAAUUAGCGCAGAAAUACAACUUCCUUAUCGUUGAAGAUGAUCCUUACUAUUUCGUUCAAUUUCUGGGCAAACAGCCCACAUCAUUUUUCUCUCUUGAUACCGACGGUCGCGUAAUUAGAAUGGACUCAUUCAGCAAGAUUAUGAGCGCUGGAAUUCGUAUAGGUAUUGUCACAGCACACAAAGAUCUUAUAAAGAUAUUGAUCCUUCAUAUGGGAAACUCUGUUCUUCACGCAUCAUCUUUAUCUCAAAUGCUUUUGUAUAAACUCUUCGAGAACUGGAAUCUAGAAAAGUUUGAGCAACAUUUCAAAGAUAUUCAAAAGUUCUAUCAAGAACGACGUGACAUGAUGCUGACCAUGGUUGAAAAACAUUUGAGUGGUUUGGCAGAAUGGUACGUUCCACAAGGUGGAUUAUUUCUUUGGGUUACAGUAAAGAAUGUGGAUGAUACACUGGAUUUAGUGUUAAACAAAUGCGUGCCACAAGGUGUCUUUGUUCUUCCUGGAACUGCUUUCAACUAUAACACUUCCAAACACGAUUGUCAUUUGAGAAUUAGCUAUAGUUCUACCACAUUAGAAGAAAUGGAUAAGGGAUUAUCUAUAAUAGCCAAAAUAAUACGUGAAGAAGCAGCCAAAAAAAGUAACAAUAUUAAAGCGUAAGAAUUAUUAUCAUAAUUGUAUUAUGUGUUGUGAUUAUCAUAUACGUAUAUUAUAUAUCUUAUAUUUAUAUUCUAUCUUGUGAUUUUAUUGUAAUUAUUUUAUAUUUACAUCUUAUAUUAUGAUUUUAUUGAUUUUAUUAUAUGCACAAAUGUUUAUACUACUAACAAUGACCAAGAAACCGAUUCGGAUAUUUGUUUUCAACCAUGUUACCUUAAAAAAACUGACAGUAUGUAUGUAACAUUAUAGUACAGUGUGAGUUUUGUCGCUGAUAUUAAUGAUGAGAAUCAAUAAUAUUAUACUAGUGACAGAAAAUUACAUGCGCUAAUACAUAUUGUGGCCGUAACUUUUUUUAAACAUAGCAUGGUCUAAGAUCAGAUAUUUUGCUGAAUAUGAGUCUGUCAUACACUAAAACCGCGACAAUCUAAAAUGAUAGAAACAUCUGUGGUUGUACUUGUAUAACUACUAAACAGAUUUUUAUGUUGAAAUAUACUAUAUCAUUAACGUUCUAUAACUUAUUAUAUUAAAAAAAAACAAUAAAGUUGUAAAUUGUAAAAUUAAUUAUAAUAUAAAUAUCCAAGUAUAUGUAUAUCGGGGGUAAGUAAAAAUAGUCGGUAA